AUGUCGUCUGCCUCCUUCAUCGUGAAAGCUCUGCUCACUCGAUCUAUUUUUGCCGGCCAUAUUAUCGUGUCUGUUUGGUGGGUCGUGCAACUGACACGCAAUACAAAAUUAUGGAAUCUGGCAUUUUUCGAAGGAUUGCUAUUUCUGGAAACGCUGUUCUCUGUGUUCUACCGAGGGGGACAAGAAUUCAAAUGGUAAGAAGAACAUUGAUUUGUCUUUAUCAUUAUCAUUAUUUGGUUGCUAGUGAUCGCUAAUAGCGGACUCGGGACUUUAACUAUAGCUCUGGUUUAUAACUGAAACAUUACCUUGGAAAAAAGUUGUUUGGUCAGGAAAAACUCAAACAUUUGGCGCACGAGAGACUAGAAAUAAUUUAGAACGAACUUGAAUUUGAACACUGCUCGGCAUAGGAAGAAAAAUUGUUGGAGAAUUUAGGCCAGCGAACCACUUCAGUCUUUUAACUUCAUAGCAUGGUAAAUCCUCAGGCGCCAUAUUUUUUGUUUAUUUCAAAUUACGUUCUUCUUGGUUUGUUUUGACAAAAUGAUAUAAGAUUCUGCAGCAUAUGCUCACAAUUCUAACGUAAGAUGGCAAGAGAAACGAAAACAAUUAGAAAUACCACGUUAUUUCAUAUGGCAAACUUCCCAGCUAUACACCUUGCUCACAAUUUUCCAUUCGACAGAAGGAACAAUUUUGAAUGCUCAGGAAAACUUCAUGAUCACUAGCAUAAUUUGUGCAGUAUUGACAAAUAUAUUUUUUCAAUUUGAUUUCUUGAAACAGUUUUAUCCAAAUUCAAGACUGAUGUGGCAUUUCCAGCCAACAGUCUUCGAAAUCUUAUGUCUUUAAAUUAGCUUUGUACGUUGCGUUAAUUGCCGGCUGAAGAAUUCUGUACCAUUAAAGUUAAAUUACGCUAUUGUCUUUCAAAUUCUAGCGCACUGAUAAUUAACAACCUUCAGAACAAAGUAGGCGUGAAAUCGUUGUUAUGAAAUAUUACAAAUAAGGGUUCUUGCACCAAAGCGAUAACAAUUUACGAUACAAAAAAACUGCUCAAUUUUGAAAAAACGGAGAGAGUCCUUUCAAGUCUGGAUAUUUUGCAAUGACAACCUUAUUAUUAUUAUGCUAUAGCGGACAGAUUUUUCACAAUUUCAGUUUCAUUCGGAAUCUUACCUUUAUCCUAACUAGGAUAUAGAACGUUUUCGUCCACAAAUCCGGCCAUUGCAGGUGUUUUAAAUCGAAGUGCAGUGUACAGGAAAUCCCAGAAUAUCAUUUAAUUUUCAGUAAGCUUCCACUCAGGCUUAAGUGAGUCUUUUGUGUGUUGUUUGAGAGCAACUAAAUUAAAAAGGUCCUAUACUGGAAAGCACUCGAUAACGUGUUAAAAAGAAAGUUUCUCAGCUAAAAAAUGGCUCUUUUUCAACUCCUUGACAGCUGAUAUUUUGCGCUUAAUUAUGAUCCAGCUUCGAAAAGAAAAAAACUUCUAUUUAAGAACUUUUCAUUGACAACGAUUCACUCGUUUUUCAAAAAGGAAAAACGGAGAAUUAAGAAAUAUCCCAUUUUAUUUUAUUAGCAGCCGACAAACUGGUGCAAGCUGAGGCGUAAUUAAAGAAACUCGUUGAAAAUGGUUGUCUUCACCUUCCUUAAUUAACAUGACAUAGCUCGUUCUCAAAAAAUCUCUUAAAAUGAAGGUAUGAUUUUUUGUUUACCUGGAAAGAAAUUAUGUAAGGAACGCAUGAUCCAGCAAAUAUCAAAACGGGGCUGAAAUCAACUCUUUUUCAGUAUUUUAAUUAAGGCAAUAUUCUGGAUACUUUCAUCAUUUUUUUUUAAUAUUCAAAACUGUUUGUAACAAUCACAUAUUUAGGUUUAGCAUGAAAAAUAUGAAGGUUCCAAAAAUUUUGCAAGUUAAUUAAGAUCAGGUUUUAAAUAUUUCUCAUUAAAAUCACUUAUAAAAAGUGCAAUUUGUUUUACUACUUAGACGCGUAACUCCAGCUUGAAACUUCGAAAAAAGCUGCAUGAACAUUGACACGUAUGUAUGAUGCUGGCCUUGACAAGAGGAAAAUGAAAAAAUCGUCUCCGCCUCUUCAUCUUCCCCGCAUUUUAUAACGGAUUAUUGAUGUUUACUAUACCGAAAUAAUGAGAAAAUCUGCAGACAAAAGAAAUUACUCUUGAGAAGCCGAGAAUCUCUGAUUCAUCCUGCCUAUCUAUCUAGGGUCUACCCGACUGCAAUAAAACCUUUCAGUAUCAAUUAUGAGAGAAAACAAACAAUGAAAAUAUACAAGAAAUUACUUCCUAAAUUUGACUAUCAACCCUUUCACAGGUUCCCAGCGGGAGGUUGCUUUCGAAAUCUUUUCCAUUUCCAGCUUUGAAAUCACUUAUCUAAAUUUCCGCGCGCAUCAACAUUUUUUAUUUCACCUUUCAUUUCUUUCAGAGUAAAUAUUACUGUAAGCAAGAGCAAGUGUGGAAGAUGGCGAUUGGCAGCGUGUGACUUGGCCUUAAUUCAAUUCAUCGAUUUUAAGCAGAUUCGGGGAUUUAAUUUAUUUUUAAUUUAUAGAGGACUGAUGUCAAUAUAUCGGGGAUCCGCGGUAAAUGCACUUUGGACAAACCAAGAAAAAGUUCACAUGACUUGCUUUUACUAGGAAAAACUACACAGUUUCACGUAUUUUUUCCUGAUCAUCCACAAGAUGUUGCCUCGGGUUAAACAUAAAGUCUUACUUCCUUUGAUAAUCGAAAUCAAUCUAAACUUUACUCGAUAACUUAAUUAUUUUUACUUGAAAAGGAAAAUAUUUGCUUUUUUAUCGACUGAUUUCCUAUCCAUGAUCCACUCGAACAGUGGAUUCGACGACAAUGUUAAGUAGUAUGCUAGACAUGUUUUAGUGUUUUCCUCCCAAUUUGUAUUAUCAUACAAGUGAAUUUCCACUUGAAGUAAGAUCAGAUUACAACAACUAAAAUUUGACUCGAUUUUCUCAUGCUGGAAAUAAGAGAUAAUGAAAGAACUGAGAGAGAUAAUUAUCGAUUGACUUGUGGUAUUAAUUUGCAUUUGUUAUUUCUCGUUGUUCUCAUUUUUACUAAUUUGAUAAACGCAAAAUGAGUUCGAGGUUGAAGAAUCUUAUAACCAUGUUGACUAAAUGUGAUACUCCCUCUUCUGGACUUUUCAUUAUUUGAAAUCGUACCGUACCAUUUACUAAAUGUCACUUAUAUUGUGUAUCAUCUCUUAGGUUUUCUCCUUCAAUUUUUUGUCACCUGAUUGGAAUCAUUCCCUGUGCAUGGAUCUUGGAAUUUCAUCUUCUGGAGGCGAGAAAAAAUGGCAAUUUGACCAGUGACAAGGUAAAAGAUUCUAUGAUAUCACUCCCGGUUGUUGAACGAAUGAGAAUAAUAAUAAUAAUAAUCAUCAUCAUCAUCAUCAUCAUCAUCAUUAUUAUCAUCACCUUUGUUCAGUGAGGGUAGUACAAACCCUCUUAAAAAAAACAAAAAGACAAAAAACAAAACAAAACAAAAAAACAAAAAACAAACCAAAAAAAUUAGAAACUAACAAAAUUGCCAUGUAAAUAAUAACAGAAUUGCAGUGGAUAGAAAGCUAAUGUAGCACAGUAAGAUCGUUUUCCUAAUUUGUCGAUGAAUGACCUCAGGGAGCAGCAGUCCCUUAUUUCAUCACGAAGAGACUGAAAAACAUAAGGAAAUCCUGAGGGGACCAGCCAUUUUUCUCGCCUAAGGAGGGGGGGGGAGAAUUCUGGGGAGGAUCACUUGGUUUUUGAGAAGGAACCGAGAGGGGAUCACUCGUCGCCGAUAGAGUAUAAAGGGAGGACUAUACAAAAUGUACUGCCAAUUAACUGCCCAUGAGUAGGAGGGGGGGGGGGGGGGUCAGAAAUAUUACAGAACCUUAUGGGGGGAUCUUGUAAAUUGUUUGGUGAUAAAACCGAAAUCCUCCAACCCAUCCCUCCCCCCAGUUGAUAAAUGAUGACCGGCUCGUAAAGAGGCGGUUUGGUUCAAGUGACCCACUAGAGCAAAGACAGAAACUGACCACACCACACCCAACUGCUAAUCAACCAAUGAUUAUUUCUGUUCUUUUGCAGCUUGAUUCGAACGUGCUGAUAGUUUCAGCAGAGAGGUGGACAGAUUUAAUAGAACAGACAACCAUGUUGAUGAUGAUUCUAGGCCGCUGGCUGCUCCCUACAGCACGAGGCAUGACAAAGGACUCCCUCUCACAGCUCCUCCUUGUCAACCUAGCCAUGUGCGCAGAUAUCAUCGAGUUCUUCGACAUUCUUAAACUGAGCUUCGUGAAAUCUUCUCAGACGCUCAUUGUGACAAUUCUUUGCCUAUGGACUUGGAGUUUGAUGCAGUUUCCAUUCAACACCAUGUUAAAACUUGACAUCGAAGAUGAAGGGUCGGACGAGAAAAAGACAGCAAAAAAUAUCGGUAAAACUUUGCGGGGGAAAAGAGCAAUUGCGCCGUAUGAAGAGGAGAUGGAUAUGCCAAACAGAGCUUCAAUGACGUCAAUAGACUUUAGGCAAGCCAUUGCUGCCAAGAGAAUGUCACGUGACAUUCUACUGAUGUCACAUAACUAUUCACGCGGAUUACCAGCGGGUUAUUUGCCAGAUUUUCGGCGAAAUUCAUAUCAGCCUCAUGUAAGGGGCAAUGAUUAUCCCGGGCCUAACACGAACCACGCCCAAGAAGGCAUUUUAAAUGGGCAAUCGAGAGGACCUGGGCGCUUUUCCUUAGAUGUGGGACAAAUGAGACCGAAAGGCCCGACGGGAAAUAUGACGACAUCAAUUACGUCACCGAAUCUCAGGCUUGACUUGAAGGGGCUCCAGGAGGACACGAUUCGCUCCAAGGAAAAAUCUGCACGAGCCAGUUCAGACGCACUGGAGACAAAUGUCGAUAUAGAGGCUGAUUCCUCAGAGGAGGAAGAAACGAAAAAGUCACGCAUUACAAUAGAACUGCUAGGGAUUCUUAUGUCUCUAUUCAUGCAAGACGGACCAUUCCUUACCUUUCGUUUAUUCAUAAUCGCCCAAUAUGGCGCAUACGAGUACAUGGUGAUUUUCUUGACCGCAAAAAAUGCGCUAGUCCUGGCGUUACAAGUAUACCGGCUUUGUGUUCUUCAUUGCGCGUGUUAUGACCAUAAGGAGAACGAUUUCUCGCCCGAGAACGAGAUCGAUGCUAAUUCUCGGCUCAAAAACGUCCAGGUAGCCAUAUCACACGGGGGUAAUGAAGAAUCCGAGGACGAGUCUAUUCAUGCAAUGGGCUGGAAUUUCUCGAGGAAAUGGCGGAGGAGCUUUAAAAAUCCAUUUUCUUCCUCGCACUUAUCUGAUUCGCAAGCACAUUUAGCGCCAUAA